UUGUUCGGAUUGGCACUUGCCGCAUUCGGCGCGUUCCUCGUGCAAUUUAUCGUCAACUUGGUGAACAAUGGAAGACGGAAAAAGCGCAGCUUGGACGGCACUGAGGAGCAGGAGCACAUUUUAGAAACAGUCACGAGAUGGGCUCUGCCGGUCAUUAGCGGGGACUACCAGUCCAUUUGGCGAGACGUGGACCAGGCCGACGAAGGCCUGUUGCGCGUGUUGUACAACAGCGUGCCUGACCGGGACUCCGUCACAGGCGUGAACGAGAUGCUGACCCAAUUCGCCGCCAUGGGCGAGACCCUGCGCGAGGCGCACGCCCGGAACCAGGUCGCGUUCCCCGACAGUGGACUCGUCAGCAAGGACGAGCACCGACGCCUGUGCGAAAAGUACCGUCGGUUCGGGCCGCUGGAACGGGCCAAUGCUCGCAUCAGCAGGUACUACUGGUACUCCAUGACACAUUUCGGCCUGGCUGCUUGGGCUGACCCUUAUCUCAAAAGCAUAGGUCAUGGCCUCGACCACAGAAACUGCGAAGAAUGGGCUGAAGUCGACACUAGGGCAAACAUGUCAAUCAACGACGACUUCGCUGCUCCUGGAGCAGAUUUCGAAUCAUCAAGAACUUCCGGUGACGACCAUCAACAGGAAGCUACUCUUUCCGGCAGCAACGAAGCAGCUGACCAUGAAUUGCCAAAUUUCCCACCAAAAAGGAAUAAGCCAACGCUGUUCUUCUAUAUCCUUGCCGAAAAGUAUGGGUCCCAAAUUCGCGACGGUCAUCGUUUUGGCGAUAAUCGCCGUGACGGCGACAAGUGCGAGCGUUCUGGCAUCGAAAAACCAGACCGAGCACUCACUUGGCUUUCCAGUCUGGACGAAGAAUAUUCGUUGCAGUGCAAUGCGCAAAUGGUUGCCCGAUGGGACUACAUCGUCAACGUCACGGAUGAAACAGCUGCGACCAGCACCCAAGCAAAUGAAGUUUACGCGACUUUCAAGAAAGACGCCUGGGAGCGAGUGACUGCAGCCUUUGAUGCCAACGGGCAAUUUCCCAAUUGGGAAUCCUACUCUGAUUCAGUGUUGGUCAGGAAAAUCAGGAAACUGAAAGACUCUGCCAAGGAUUCCAUCCUCACCGGAACCGACUUGACAAACUACUUGACCUUGCAAGCCGAAAUGGAAACCAUCUACGCAGCGGCCACCAUCUGUAAUUUGGACGGAUCUGAAUGCGGUCUUGCCCUGGAACCUCGUUACCCGAGUGGAGACGCAAUGUGGGUCUCGCCGUACGACGAACCGUAUUUCCAGCAACAAAUUGCAGCAGUUUGGGAGGAAAUGAAACCUUGGUACAAGAAACUACACGCUUACGUCAGGAGACGAUUGGUCGAACAUUACGGGAGCGAUAAGGUUGAUCCGACUGGUCCCAUCCCGGCUCAACUUCUUGGUAACCACUUCUUUCCUCUAUCGUUGUGUCUCGCCGCUGGCGAAUACGACCCGAAUGAUCCCGCCAAGCCUCUGUACAAAUGCGAUUUCUAUCAAAACGCGGAAGCCGGACAACUGAUGGAAAACGCCCUGAAACUCGGCUAUUCGUUGCCGUGGACGGAGACCAUGGAGGCCAUUACUGGACAAAGAGAAAUGUCCGCAGCAUCUCUCCAGGCGUACUUCAAGCCUUUGGAAGAAUUCAUGGAUAACUAUUUGGCAGAGACUGGAGACUGCAUCGGCUGGGGAGAUGAAUGCCUCAAGACCAACAACUAAUUUGUUGCGGUGCAAAAAGUUUGCGACGACGUCAAUUGAAAAUCUGUUCCGCGGUUGAACAAGCUGCAGAAUAAAUGCUUCAACUGGCAAGA